AUGGGGUGGAUAUUCACAAUGUGGAGUAUUGCUGUAGGAAUGUUUAAGAUGUUUGGGAUAAAAUUAGAUGACAUUUUUAGCCAGAUGAACGACACUGACGGGACCAAAGAAGAAACUGAGUGCGUUUUGAUAUCUGAAGGUCACCUUUCUUGGACUGUUGCAGAGAGACCAUCAGAGAUUUCAGAAGAUCCUUAUCUGACCCUUAGUUUAAUAUGUAAAAAUGAGGAUCCCAAGGAUGCCACUGAGGUUGAAACGAGAGGCCCCUCCCAGUCCAUACUAAAAAAGUUUAUAGGAAAACUUUGUUUCCAUCAUCAGAAGCAGUUUACUCAUAUUUUAAAUGUAAUUUACCAGGAAACAGACUCAUUAACAGAAAGUCAUUUGUUAGAACUUGCACCUGCAGCUGUUUGUAAUCUGGGCUAUAAUCCUGUCUGUAAUUUACAGGACAGUGAAUGCCCUGAUAAAAGCAGUGCUGCCUUCUCUGGAGAAGAGAUUUCUAUCUCAGCGCUACAGCCAGUACAAAAUCAGCAAUAUUGUAAAAAGCUAUUACAGUGCUUCCCUAAAGGAAAUGAGGAGAAAAGUAUGAAUUGUUUUAGAAGAGCCCAAAACAGAACUAAAGCAGAUUCUAGCACUGCAGAAUUCAUUUUACCAGAACUUUCAGGUUCUUCGAAGUCUAGUGAGACAGAAAUGUGUACCUCUACAGAAUGUUCAGACCAGUCAAACUGUUUGCUACUAGACAAUCUUACAAUACUUUCAGACUCCAGAAAUCCUAGAGAAUGUGCCAGUCUCCGAAUAGAUUCACAAGGUCAUAGCUGUCAGAAGGAGACUGGCCUACAUUCUAAUGCACUUCUAAUAGAUGGUCAAAAAUCAGAUGAUGUAAUGGACAUAAGUUAUUCUAGGGAUGAAACUGGUAACUGUCAGAAUGCAAAUACAGCUUUAUCAGAUGAGAAUAAAGAGUUGUGGUUUAAGUGUGCAAAUAGUACUGCUGACAAGGAAAUCACUUUACAGUUUGGUUCCAGAAUAUCAUUGAAUCAUGAUUUAGAAGCUAAUGAACAAGAUGCAAAGUAUGCAUUAGAAAGCAAAGAAAAAAGCAAUAAGUUAGUUAAUAAUUUGAGUCAUGGCAACAGAUCGUUGUUUAUAAAAGCCAAAGAUGGAUGCAGUGUUCAUAAUCCUCCUCCGGAUGUACACAGGGACUCGCAUGGUAAUUCAAGAGCCAGAGCAGUUGUAGCUUCCAUUAAAUCAACUCAGAAGAGCAAAAAGAUAGGUAAAGGAAAAUCUUCCACUUCUACAAUCUGUGAGAUUGUGAAUGAUCAUGACAACCAGUGUGAUAUUGUUCAUAUUAGUGCUCCAAUAACUGACUGCCAGUUCGAGUCUCAGAAAUCAGUACUUUUGCAUAAAAAUGCAAGGAAGAGCACACGCGGGCAUAUCUGUAACGAAUACGUGUAUUAUGAAUUACCAACAGUCCGUACGUUAGCAAAAAGUUCUACUUCAAGAGCAAAAGAAAACUGCUCUUAUUUAGUAGAACCGUCAUUGUCUUUGGUGAGCCCACAACGCAUUCCGACUGUGUCUGACAGUACCGCAACAGCAGGUGGAGAUUUUACUACAAAUGUUAAGGACAGAGUUACUGAAGCACCCGACAUAUGUGUACCAAAACAAAUGCCAUCAAACUAUGAAAUUUUGAACAAUGUAAGCAUACAUUGUUUAUCAAAUGAAACUAACGUAACAACUGACACUGUUAGUUCUUGUCAACCACAGUCAGUGGAAACUUCUAGAGCUGUGAUCCCUUUUCCAUCAUCAGAGCAAGAACAAAUGAUAGCUACAGACCAUGGUAUGUCACAGUGCUCCUUAUCUUUGUCCCCAUGUCCUUCAACAAAAGAAAGAUUGCAGACUUCUGAGCUACCUGGAGAAGAACUUUUUUUAUCUCAAGAGUCGUUUAUGACUUCCUCAAGUGGAGCUGAUGAAAAUAAUGCUCCAGUAUCAGAAUUAGCAGAUCUAAGAUCAGUUUCUUUAAUUAUGAAUAGAAAGCAGAGUAUAGAUAAUCCUGAGAAAAAAGAGAAUCCUCCCAUGUUAGUGUCAUCUGAAUACAGUGAAAUAGAUGGCAUCGGUGAUAAAGAAACUGGAACAGAGAUAACUGAUGCAGCUGAAGAAAGUACUGGGCAAGAAACGAGUGUGUGUGGAAAUGAGGGCAAUGAACCAGAGAAAUCAAUGUUGAAGGUUAACCUUACAGAUAAUAAGAAUUCAAAGCUUACACUAGAAACCAAUCUUUACAGUUUAGUUAAAGAAAAUACUACAGUUACAGAGAAGAAAAAAAGACAAAAAAAGCUGUAUGGUCCCUCUGAUAGGUGUUUAAGAAGUCAGCAGCCUCAGGAAGCACCAUCAGGUGUCAUAGCAACAGUAGAAAAAAGUGCAGAGUUGCUUGAUACUAAUCUUAAAGUUCCUGCACUGAUUGACAGUACUCUUCAGGUUCCAGCUCUUCACAUUAAUCUUUUCAAAAGUGUAGGCAGUAAGCGCUUUAGAAGAAAGGUGAAUGUUAGUGAAACUGAAACUGUCAGUUUUCCACAUGACUGCUACCACAGAGAAGUUCUGAAAAGUAUUCAUAGUCUUGAUUGCAGAUUGAAAGAUUAUGCUGAAGAAAGAUCAAAUGGAUCAAAUGGUGCAAGUGUAUCAGAGAUGAUUGUAACCAGGAAAACAUAUAAAGAGUUAGUAAAAGAGAUUGAUUUAAAUGCGGACGUGUAUGUUGCUGAUUCAGCCUUUCCAUUUAAAUUUUCAGAGUUGGGGAAUGUGCUUUGCAUUUCUUUUAAUCCCGUCUCUGAAAAAAGACAAGUUUGUUUUAGUGUAGAAAGUAACAUAAGUGUGAUAAAAGGCAGAGGCAGCAAAGAACCUGAGGAAAGCCAUUCUUUUAUAGAGCAGCAGGAAAAGUUGAGCAGGUUAUCAGUUAAAAGACCAUUGCAGAAGAGAGAUGAUUCUACACAUUCUGUAACUCCUCUAAUUAAAGGUUCUUCUAGAGUCAAUUUAAAAAUUAAAGAGCUCUCAAAGAUUUCAAGGGCCAGGAGACUUGUUGCUAGAGCCUACAAUUUGAGGCGUGGAGACAAAGCAAAGCUUGGUGCCUUUCGUAAAGGUACUGUUACGUUCAGUACAAAGCAUCAUAAAGAGCUACCUUGUCCAAGUGAAGGCAGUGAUCCUUUUGAUCUAAAAAAAGUUGAUAUGUGUCAUGAUCAUAGACCAGUGUUUCUGGACUGGUGUAUAGAAGAAGAAACCCAAGAACAUAUUGCUAAAUAUAAUACCAAGUAUAUGAAUAUCCAGAAAAGCUGGGUUCAGCUAGAAAAGGAAGGACAGUCCACACAGAAAAUAAGGAGGAAAGCUGAUAAGCUUAAGGAAAUUUGGAAAAGUAAGAAAAGGAUUCGUAGAUGCAGAGGAGUUUUGGAAAGUAAGAAAUUUUCACCGGUGCAGAUGCUGUUUGUUAAGGCUCUUGAUUUAUCUAAGAUUUGCAGGUGGUUCCUAGAAACAACUGAAACCAGAUCCUUGGUCAUUGUAAAGAAAAUUAAUACAGUUAUUCCUGGUGACAUGCCAGCAGUAAGAAUUCCCCUACAGAAGUAUUCAUCCUCAAAUAUUUACCCUAGUUCCCAGGCUGAGCGUUUGAAGAAACAUUUGAAAAAAUUUGCAGCAACAACUCCAGCAAGAAGCAACUGGAAACCUGGAAGAAUGCUAGCUACACCUAAAGAGGAGGAAGGCAGUAUUUCAGUUCUGGAUGAAUCUGAAAAUAUUCGACCUUUCGAUUGUUCAGAUUCAAGUCUUCAUGGAGGGACAGAAUGUAUGCAUUUGAAGUCUGUUCAGAGUUUGAAAAAAACAGCUAGUGCCUGGAUUCUUAAGAAGUACUCGAACAUACGUGGAAAACGUCAUACACAUUAUUUUAAAAGGGAUAAACCCAGUGAAGUAAUUGAUAUGGAAAAGAAACUGAACAAUAGGAGUGUAUGCAUUCACCCUCUAGUAUCACCAAGACUGGCCUCCCAACCAAAAACUGGUGGCAGACCACCUAAUAAGUCUAAGAAAAGUGUGACAACUGUAAAAGGAAGAAAAAGAAAAAAAAUAAAGUGCAUUCAUAUGAGAACUAAAGUGAAACUGGGAAGAAAGAAAUUGGCUGCUGAAGUCAAUGUGUUGAGACCUUUGCCUCAUAGUUCUACUAGAAUGAGAGUACCUGCAAAACAAACCAAAUAUAAAAAUUCAUCCCCUGUAUUUAAAGAACCAGUUUGUAGAAGGCCAGGUGGUGGUGAGAAAUCAAGUACAUUUUCUAAAGUAAGUACUUUAAAAGGCAUGCAAGAAAACCAGAAGCUUAGGAAACCUCGUAGUGGAGGUAGGCUGGCUCUUAGGAGUACUGUGAGGCGUAAACAUUUAAGGCGAAAGAGACCAUCAUCUGGUAAAAAGUUGAUAGAGAAGGCCUAUAAGCAUAGAACAGUCACAGAAAUUCCGUUUCGAUUAUGCAAAACUUCCAAAACACGGCAGAAUUGUGUCAGGAAUAUGAAGACUCAAACAAAAUCAAAGGGUUUUUCUGAAAAUGCUGCUUUCCAAGGAAAAAGAAAAGUGGAUGAAAAACUUGAAAUACCUAGUAAACGCAAAAAACUGGAUGCAAAGUGAGAAUAAAAGAAUGGCCAUUAUAAACUAAUGUAAUAGGUAUCUUGAGCAUACUUUGCAUUAAAAGAAACGCUGCUUUUAUAAGCUGGAGCAAGCCUUCUAAGAUGCACAGUAAACUUUACUUAAGUAUUUUGUGAAACUGGAGAGAAACCUAGUAAUGAAUUCUAAGUGGAGUCCUGCCAUAGGGCCAAGAAUAACACACACGUUUUUUAAUCUAUAUAUAUAUAUAUAUAUAUAUAUAUAUAUAUAUAUAUAUAUAUAAUCUGUAGUUUGGGGAUGUUACAUUACAGAUUUUAAGAGUACAACAGUGCCUUAUUUAUCUCCCUCCCCCCUUUUUGGGGUGUUGCUGUGAGUAGAAAUGGGUGUAAUUAAAGGCUUGCAGUUUUUACUUGAUGCACAAGCACUUGCACUGUAGCAUAAGAUGGCCACCAUCAUGCACAUAAACUUAGCUUUUCAGCAGCUAUCAAGCAGAGUCUGUCACUGGAAAAUUAUGCUUUUUCCAUUUUUGUUACCCUCCUAAUUUCUUUCUUUUCUAAUGUGUAUUUUUUUAAAUUCUGUAUGAUCAUUUGGUUUGUAGGUUUCAAGACCGAGUUGAUGUAAGCAUGUGGGUAUAAUUGUGCAAAAAGUAUGCUGUUUUACUGUUCGCUGCAAGAUGUCAGUGCUUUCUUAGCAUUAACAAGUGUCUCAGUUUCAUACUGAGCUUUUUGAGUUGUGGAAAAGUUAGCGGAAGUUUACUGAUUUGACACUGCAGGGGAAAGAAGAAUUUCACAAUUUUGAAGUUUGCUGCUGUUUUACAUAUUUUAUUUCGUUCAGAAACACAUUUUGGAACGCACUGUGCUGAGCAUUACUGCUUCUGUACCUUGUAUUAUCUAUGUACUUUUCCUUUUUCUCACUAUAGUGGCAGCACCCUUUUACUAAAGAAGAUUUUUUUGUGUGCUGGUACUGUUUGGUUUAAGAUUACAAUUAAUAUUGUGUAUUAUUUUAUGUAGUAUUCAGCCCAGUAAAUAUGCUUUAUGCUUUUUUUGACAGCCAAGAAAAAGCUUUAGGUAUUAUUGCGUACUGUUCUAAGGUUUGACUUUGAAGAAAAUGCGUUGAAUAGCUCAUUAUGACCUUUUGAAAAUGUACUGAUUUUCUUAAAAUUCAUUAAUUUAGAAUGUUUGUCUAAAUUGAUUUUACCCCCCCCAAAAGUAACUGUUCUGAUUCACUUUUUCAGUCGGAAUUGAUUUUAUUCCCUCACCCAACUGAACUGUUCUGAUUCUAAUAUAUAUGUAUAGGGUCCGUUGAGUGAGAAAUAGCAUUAUAUAUGAGAUAUUUCAUUGGUAUACCUUGUUUUCUGUCUACUGUAAACAGAAUUUGCAGUCUUGAUCUGAUCUACAGUCCUGACUUGAGUAACCAGUAAUGGUCAAACAAGUGAGUAUUGGAAGAAUGCUCAUCAGUUAAAGGCUAUUGAUCUUCAUUCAUUUCCUUUCGUGUACUUUUCUGGCAUGACCCAUAAAAUCUAAGUCAGUUGGAAGGGUUUUAACUUGGUAGUGCUGAUCUCUGCCUUUAAAUUGUCUAUACAUUGUGAACAUAUUUUCUGUGAUCCAUGCUUGCUAUUGUAAUGUACCUCAUUGAAGCUUGAUACACGUGUUUGCAUUGCACUUAUUUACUUACUCAUCUAAUGUAUUCCUGACAGUGUUUUAAAACGCCGUUUCAAGCAAAACUAAUUUUCCAAGGGCUGUGUGUGUUUGCAUAUGCAUGUCAACACUUAACUUUUGAAAAACAGCUAAAAAUCUUCAACAGUAAAACUGUCAUAAAAGAACAACAAAUGCUCUCUUUUUCUGAUUGAAUUAAAAAAAAAAAAAAAACAGAUGAAAGCCCUAACAGUAGCAGCAGACAUACUUUGAAUUGAUACUGUCAGGUCAAGGGUUUUUCAAAAGGUGAUAUAUAGGGAUGGGAUUAGGGGAAGAGUUAGGAUUAGGGUCAGAGCCGGCCUUUGGUCAACUGGUGCCCUAGGCAAAAGGACUCCAUAGCACCCCCCCCCCACACACACACACACACACACACCAGAUGGUGCCCCCGUCCUGGUCUAUCUACACCAUCCAGAUUACUGGAAAAGUGCCCCAGCUAGAACAGCGCCCUAAGCAGCAGCCUAGUUGCCAUUUGCCUAAGGCCGGCUAUGAGUAGGGUAACUUGACAGUAAUGAUGAGUCAGAAGACUUCUCCUGCCCCUCACUCCAACAGUACAUAUCUUACAGAAAAUGCCUCACUACACUACACACCCAGGCACCUACCCCAUACAUAAACACACACACAACACUAAAACUGGCCCCUUACCUAACCCUUACUCUGACCCUAAUCAGCGCACACACUGCCACCCCAGUUACUGUCAUUUAACCAUGCCAACAACCACCACUCGACAUUCUGUUGUUAAAUCAGCUCAGCACUCAACCGAAAGUGCUGUCAAUAACUAACCAAUAGCAUUCCACUUUGUGAAGAAAGCAGUUGAAAAAGUCAACUGCUGUUCUGUGUCUAUGUACACACAUAUUACUACUAAUAAAUAGAUUUAAUGUGAUUCUUAUCAUGCAGCUGUUAACAGGGAGAGCAAAGACUUAGAACCUCAUCAUUUGCUUGGAAGAAGUUAGGAAUGUAUAAGUAGUAGCCAGUGCAGUAUGAAUACACUGAUCGUUAAGCUUGCUCCUGGUAGUAAGUUUGACAUUUAAAAGCUUUAUCUUAAGACUUUCUAGUUUGUGUUGUGCGUAUAGACAAAAUGCUGAAGUGUUGAGACUUGAAAUUAAUCCCUGAUGUUCCUUGUUUGAAACUUACUCUUGAUUAAUUCGGAAUCUUUAAAUGCUCAAGUUGUUUAAACUUUUAAGUAGUUACCUCUGUUGUACUGCAUUUUGAUAAAAUCAGACAGUUUCUUGUAUUGCCAUUUAAAGAUUGUGUAUUGUGCAUUUGGUAGGAAGAACACAGAAUAAAACACUGUCCAUUCUUUAAGGUCA